AUGGAUAAAGAAUCUUCAUCUACUUCAAAAUCCCCAGUCAAUUCCCCCACAAAAUCGGAAGAUAUAUGGCUUCAACCUCACCAACCUUUAAAACAAGACAAUCAUUCAGAACACAACAGAAUGCUUAUUGACUUUGAAAUAAGCGUUAUUGGAGAGGAGGACGAAGAAGCUGAAGAAGUUUUGAGUCCUGAAUCGGCAGCAAAGUUAAAUGAGAGCUGUUCGGAUAAAAAUGGGGAUGAUUCCAAAAAAGUGUUCAAGAAGGUCACGAUUAAUGUAGAGGAAGUGGGAGAAAGGGAACGGAAUAGAAGAUGGAAUAACGCAGAGCCGACAAUAAACUCACUCGUCACAGAAAAAUAUCGUGCAAAAAUAGAGGCGGAAAAGGAAACUCCAAAGGAUGAGAGACUCCCAAGGGUGAGAAAACCUAUUUAUGUAGACCAUUUCAUAAUGGUAAGUCGUCGUGAAGAUAAGGAGGCUCUUAAGUUUCUUUGUAAUUCUUCACCUUCAAGUCCUGAUGGUGCUUCUUCGAGUCAACCUGGAUUUUUGAAAAAGGGUUCAGCUCUCAUUGCCAAACUCAGCAGAUAUCGCCCACCGGUAUUGGACAUAAACGUUCUUGAUGGCGAUCCUCCACGACCACCACAACCUUCUUCAAAUGACAUUUUGUUAAAACAUUUUGACGAGAAUGUGGCAAUUGAAGACCAAAAUAACUCGGAAAAACCAGAAAAUGCACAAAUUGUGACUUCAAAAACGGAUUUUACAAAUACAGGGGAUGAGGUCAAAAGUGAAUUUGGACCUGCUUUGGAUCUUAUUUUUUGGCGCAAAUUUGUGGAAACUGAUGACCCUUGUUGGAGAGCAGUUGUGUCAAAAGCUGUUUCGUUUCUUUCAAGUGCCAAAACAUCAGAAAUGAACAAACUUUACAGAGAAUUCCUUAAAUUAAUUGAACAACUUUCAUAUGGUUUAAAUUCCUACAAACAAAUUAUAACUUAUGCUGAUCAGCUUGCACAGGAUGUUUUAAUUAAUAAAAAUGUUGAAAGACUUGAACAGUUCAAUCUACACUUUCCAUCAUUAUUAUUAACUAUUUUUAAUGCUAGAGAGGCUUGCCAAGUCAAUAGCUUGUAUGCAUUGUAUGACCUUGUUGACCAAAAAUUGUUGAAUAUUGAAGCUAUUCAAACUAUCAUCAUUGGCCUUUUUGACUUUCUGUCAGUAUCUGAAGAAAUUGUUAAACAAUAUCAUAGCACUGAACUUAAUGAGGAUGGUAGCAAUGAUGAAGAAGUUGCUCUUUCACUUCAAUGCCCAAUAUAUUUAAAUUAUAAUUGGAAUAGUGCUCAUUCUCUUAUUUUUCGACUUUUCUAUUGUGUUUUUUGCAAAUUGGAAGACAAUAAAAAUUUUCUUCCUCAAGAGUGGAUACGUGAAACGUUUUUACCUAAACUUUGUUUUUAUUUUGGAGAUUCUAUUUUGUUACAGAAAACGUCAAAAUGUCGCGUUGAUUUUGUCACCUUACUUGCUCCAGCAGCUAAAUUGCUUGGAACUGAAUCUUCAGAAGAAUUAUUACUUCCGGCAUUUCAACGUUAUAUGAGUGAUUCUUCUGAUGUUCAAAAUGCUCUUUUAUCUCAAUUAUUUACUUUUUGCAAGGUACUUUCUCCAAAAAGCCGUGAAAUUGUUUUACGCGAUUUAAGUCAACUUUUUUCUAUUGACAUGGAUGCUCGUUGUUGGCGUCAACGUGCUGUGUUUGCCAAUCAAUUAGAUUUACUUGUUGGUAUACUUCCUAUGGAGCUUGUAAAUAAAUAUUUGUGUGCAUAUGCUUUGACUUUUUCUGCUGACAAAAUAUCCCAAGUACGAACAAAUGGAAUUAAAAUGCUUUCAAAUGUCCUAAGUACUUUUAUUCAAGUUGAAUGGAGGGAUCAGAAAGAUUUAUGGAGAAGACGUACAGAACAUAUGUCUGAUGCUAUUCCAGUUACUUCUUCUGAUGCUUCUAUGCUUACUGAUGAAGAACCAAUAAAUCUUCCAUUGACUUUUGAAUUAUUAGCAGAAAUUAGAUCAGGAUUUUGGCGUACACGAAGUUGGAGGCGUAGACAAAGUUUUGCCAAUCUUCUUUACCUCCUUCUUCGUCAUUGUUUACUUACCCCUCUUCAAUUUUAUUAUUUAUUUUUUCAUGAUUUUAUGUGUUUAUCUGAUGACGAUGUAGCCAAUGUUCGCCAAUAUUUUUGUCUUAUUGCUCAAUUAAACCGUUUUGAAGAAUAUGUUGGUUCAAGUGUAAUUAAACGACUUGAACAAAUGUUAGUAGAUGAUAAUGAUUUGGAAGUUAGGCAUUUAUCAAAGAUAGCAUUAGGCAAGUUAGAUCCAUUACUUGAAGGUUUGGAUAUUACUAGACGCGCUAGAGGACUAGUUACUUAAAUAAAAUUUUGUUUAAAGAAGUUUGGAGUAAUAAUUUUUAUUUAUUGCCUUUUAUGGUUUGUUAUUAAAGAAAAGUUUAAUUUAAAUAAAAUGGAAUCUCUCUAUUACGUCACUCCUCGGGUUGGAUUUUUUCAAGCGAAUUUUUUGCCGGCGUAAGAAGGGAAGUGAGGUGGAGGGGAUGUAAAAUCGGGCCAAAAACAUUCUCUCACCUUUCACAAACACUGUUGUGAGAGAGUGAGGGGAAUUUAGAGAUGAUGACUCCAUUAAAUAAUCUCCUAAUUUUGUUGCCGUAGGAAGGAUAGAAGGGAAGUAGUGUGAGGGGACGUA